CAUUAUCUAUUUGCUUAGAGGCUAGUCAUGUGCUUAAAGUGAGAGGAGAGAGGGAGAUUAGAGAGUGAUUACUCUUUUCUCUUGAUUUCUUCAUCUUUAGUGGGUGGAUGAAGGGAGGAGGCUAGUCUUCAUCUUGUAAAGAUGUUGUCCUCAUGAUUUAGUUGUGUUUUGAUGUCUCAAUUCGUGCUAAAUCUUUGUCUCCCGAGCGUUUUUCUAUUUCGCUAUUUUCGGAGCUAUUUUUGGGGAUUUAUUGUUCUUCGUAUUUGAGCUCGAAUCUCGUGAGAUUGGUUGAAGGGAAAUGUUGCUAGGUCCUUAAGAAGCAUCUUUGAUAUGAUCCCCCUUCAAAUCCCUCACGAAUCCGGCUUGAAUUUUGAAUUUUCCCAAAUCGUGUUCUUGAGUUAGGGUUUCGAUUUUCUCCAAAAUUAGUGAUGAAUUCUUGAGCUUUUCAGGAUUUGUUUCAUGGAUCUAUUUGCCCUUGGGGUAUUGCAUCCGUGUCUCAAGUUUCAUGUCGAUCCGCGAAGUAUGGGAGGAGAUCUUAUGAUUUGAAGUUUGUUAUUGUUCUUCGGUUGUUCUUGGUGUUCCUGUCUCUGUUCGCGCAGGUUCUCUGGAUAGCGGAGCAUCAGGCAAGAUGGCGCAAGCGCACGUGCCGUGCACGCAGCAGCGCUCGUGCUCACGUGCAACGAAGCAGUGCAACGGGCCGUCAGCAGGCCGCACCAGACCCAGCUUGCGGGAGUAGGCAGCCCAGGGGCGAGCGUAGCUGACCAAGCAGUCCAGCAGAUCGUUCGCUUCACAGGCCAAGCAGGCCUUUCACGUGAGGCAGGCCUAGCAAGGCCAGGUAGGCCAACAGGAAGUAGCAGGGGCACGCAGCCCAAUAGCAAUUGUCCAGACACUGGAGCUAUUCAGCUAUAUAAUAUAGGAGUAGUCACGAAGGAAGACACGGCACGAUUCAGUGGAUCGUCAUUCCUGUUCGAUCCAAGCAGUAGUGUUUGCCGCAGAGCCAUGGCUCAGAUGUUGCAGGAUGAUGCUCACCACCAUGGCGUCCAUGAGCUGCUCCGCGAAUCGCCGCCUCCACGAGCAGCGCUGAUCUACUACUCUCUCCUUCUCGCAUGCCCUGUGAUCCUCCUGCUGCUGCUGCGCCGCCGCCGCCUGACGGCGUCGUCUGCCGCCGCGAGAGACCGGGAGCAGCUGCUGGGCAGGCUCCCUUCGCCGCCGCGCAGGCUGCCCGUCAUCGGCCACCUGCACCUGGUCGGGCGCCUCCCGCACAUCUCCCUCCGCGACCUCGCCGCCAAGCAUAGCCGCGACGGCCUCAUGCUGCUCCGCCUCGGCGCCGUCCCUACGCUCGUCAUCUCCUCUCCGCGCGCGGCGCAGGCCGUGCUGCGCACGCACGACCAGGUGUUCGCGUCCCGGGCCUACUCCCCCGUCGCCGACAUCCUCUUCUACGGCUCCAGCGACGUCGCCUUCGCCCCCUACGGCGAGCACUGGCGCCAGGUCAAGAAGAUCGCCACCACGCACCUCCUCACCAACAAGAAAGUCUGGGCCUACCGCCACGCCCGCGAGCAAGAGGUGAGGUUGGUCAUGGCCAAGAUCCGCAAGGCGGCCGCUGCAGCUCCAGGCAUGGCCAUCGACUUGAGCGGCCUGCUAAACUCCUUUGCCAACGACAUCGUGUGCCACGCCGUGUCGGGCAAGUUUUUCAGGGAGGAAGGCCGGAACGAGCUGUUCCGGGAGCUGAUUGAGGCGAACUCGGCGCUCAUGGGGGGUUUCAACAUUGAGGACUACUUCCCAGGCUUGGUGAAGGUGGGCAUGAUCAAGAGGAUGGUGUGCGCUAAGGCCCAGAAAGUGAACGAGGGAUGGAACGAGUUGCUGGAUAAGCUCAUCGAUGAUCACGAAAGAAGGUGGGAGUCACAACUUGGGGACGAGGAAAGCGACUUCAUUGAUGUUUUGCUCUCUGUUCAGAAAGAGUACAAUCUCACAAGGGACCAUGUAAAGGCACAACUGGCGAUCAUGUUCGAAGCUGGCACAGAUACAUCAUUCAUAGUGCUGGAAUAUGCGAUGAUUAAGCUCAUGCAAAACCCCCACCUCAUGACCAAGCUACAAACCAAGGUGAGGAUGGCUAUACCAAAGGGGAAAGACAUGAUUACUGAAGAUGAUCUGAAUGCCAAUGACAUAGCCUUCUUGAAGGCAGUCAUUAAAGAGACACUCCGACUCCAUGCACCAGCUCCGCUUCUUGCACCCCACCUAUCCAUGGCUGAUUGCGACAUAGAGGGCUACACAAUACCUUCUGGGACACGUGUCAUCGUCAAUGCAUGGGCUCUUGCUAGGGAUCCUAACUAUUGGGAGAGCGCAGAAGAGUUCAUGCCGGAGCGGUUCAUGGAAGGCGGCAGUGCCUUUGCUAUGGAGUACAGGGGGAAUGAUUUCAUCUACCUUCCAUUUGGGACUGGGCGAAGGAUUUGCCCAGGUAUAAGCUUUGCAAUUUCUGUUGUUGAGAUUAUGCUGGCGAACCUCGUGUACCAUUUCAACUGGGAGCUGCCACCUGAAUCGAAGGAUAGAGGGAUUGAUAUGUCAGAAUCAUUUGGGUUGACCGUGCACCGGACGGAGAAGCUUCUCCUUGUCCCUGUACUGCCUCAAGAAUAAUUCGGUAGUCUUGUGUGCGCAGUAGCUUUGAGGACACUCUAGUAUCUUUUGCCUACUCUAUGCGUGUUGGGACUUGUUAAGUAAAAGUGUGUUGAAUAAAUAAUGAGUAGCAUCAAUUGAUCAUGAAGAAUGAUUGUUUCAUAA